UGAUACCGUCCUGCCAGUGGGAACGAACCGGGUAUGAGAAAUUCAUGCUUCAAACAGUAUUUCCACAGAGCUUUGGCAAAUAUUUGUGCGCGACUAUAAACACUUUAUUUUACUUAAUUUCACAGCAUUACCAAGUAAAUAAAUAUUAUUAUGUUUUUAAAUAUAAAAACUGAUACAUUAUAGAAAGAUUCGUCUCUAAUAAGUUGACGCACCGAACGCACAAUUUCUCAUAGCCACCCAGCUAUCAAUUAACAAAGGGUGCCGAACAGGCGGUUUUAGAUUCAAACAUGGCAGCGGCGACGAGUGUUGUUGUUCUUGACAGAGGAAAUAACACAACGUGCACCAUAAAUCUGCACGGUGCCACCGUUGUUUCAUGGCGUGUCAAUAACCAGGAACAAUUAUUUGUGAGUAAACAAGCAAUCUUUGAUGGCAAGAAACCAAUUCGGGGAGGUAUCCCAUUUGUUUUCCCUCAAUUUGGACCGUGGACGUUCGGUCCUCAGCAUGGCUUUGCCCGGAUCGUACGCUGGAAUUUGGAGAAGGCACCAGAACGUCUCCCUAGCGGCGAUGUCGAAGCUAUAUUUUCUAUUAUGGAUAGCGAAUUCACGCGAUCCAUGUGGAAUUAUCCGUUUCGGCUUACAUACAGGUUGAUUCUACGUGAAAAGGAACUGCAUUUCAAUAUAGGUGUGUACAACCCAAGUAAAGACCUCACCUUCAGCUUCAACUUGCUGCUUCAUACAUAUUUUAAGGUUCCUGAUGUCCGACGCUGCCAAAUCACGGGGCUACACGGGUGUACGUUCAUCGAUAAGUCUCGAGAUGGCACUGUUUUUCAAGAAGGUAGAGAUGUUGUUACUAUUUCUGAAUGGACAGAUCGUUUAUACCAAAACACUCCACAGGAACACAUUAUAACAAAUGUAGUUUCAGGUCGAAAAAUGAGAAUACAGAAAUACAACUUUCCAGAUACAGUUGUGUGGAAUCCAUGGAUUGAAAAGGCAAAAGAAAUCUCAGACUUUGGCGAUGAUGAAUUUCCCAACAUGGUCUGUGUGGAAUCGGGGCAUGUAUCCAGUCCUGUUAUUCUGUUGCCCGGUACCGCUUUUGAAGCCAGUCAGAUUUUGCAGGGUGGGGCUGCAGGUGGAGCAGGAGGGCGAAGAGGGGGAAUCGGGCGAUCACCGAACGUGCAGCCUCCUCCUCCGCCGCCACCCACACAGCAGCAGCAGCAACAGCUCCAGCAGCAGCCACCACAAGCCCUCCCUGGGGGCCACAUGGGACCCGGUCCAUCCUCCUCCGGAGCCUCAGGAGAGCUUCUACCCACAGGGUCUGUGUGGCCCACAUCCCCUUGGUUAGCAUUUAACAAUGUCUAUGUUGGAGAAAUGUUGCACCACAGGCUGCUUCUGGAGCAAGGCGGCACCGGGCGCAAGAGCAGCAACAACGGGCACAUGGCUUCAGAGAGUCACAUACCACACCACCAGUGCUCUUCCCCCUGCAGCAUCUGCUCCCUUAAUCUGUAG